AUGAAUGUCUACCUGCCACAGUUUGUAUGUCUUUGUGCUGCAGGCGGACACUUUUCUUCCGUUUCCUCGUUUAAAGUGGCGGAGGGGGGCGUGGCCUCUCUGUCCUGUCAGUACUCGGUGAAGCGUUUCGGCCUGAGUCGGGUUUGCUGGGGUCGUGGCUGCGGGACCUUCUGGUGCAGCAACAUCCUGGUGCAGACGGACGAGAACGGCGUCAUCUCCAAGGUGGCCGACCGGUACCGGCUGACGGGGGACGUCCUGGACGGACAGAUGGACCUGGACAUCCUGAACGUGAGGCGGACGGACAGCGGGCCGUACUGCUGCAGGGUCGACAUCGACGGCAUCUUCAACGACAAGAAGGUGAUCAUGAACCUGAGGGUGGUCAAAGGUGAGUCACAUGACAGCUGUUCACUCAGAGGUCCGGUUCUCCGACUGGCAGUGGAUAUUUUAGAAAGGACGAUGAACUCCAGGUGUGUCAAAAACUGUCCAUCAGUGCUUCCCAAACAUGACAAACAUCUCGCUUUGUCCACAACGGCUGACCUGCAGUGUGACAAGUUUCUUUCCUCCUCCAGCUUCUCCUCUGAGGAACCUCCUCACAUCAUCUACGAGAUCCGGAUGAGGAGACCCGUCCAGGAGAACAUCUACACUCUGGACUAGAGUUCCUCUGCAGCUGGACCAGAGGGAGACACAGCGUUCACAUUUAGAAAGGGAACAAGCUGAGGGAGUAAUUAACGUGCUGCUGCAUGCAUGUGCUGUUUUUAAAGCUGAUAUUUGUUUAAGUUUAUUAUUAAAGAAUUGUUGCAAUUA